GUUGAGGAGGAGGCUGGCAGGGCAGGAGCUGCUGGGUUCUUCUCUCUUCUGCUCACACUUGACUUCCUGCCUGUGCCCCAGACUCAACCUGGAGCAUUCUCCUAGAGCCCUUGGUCCGCACCCCCAGAGGCCAGGCCCGCUGCCCCCCUUCCUGCCCAGGCCCAUGGCGGUGUGUGAGGCCCUGCAGCGGGAGCGGCUGUUCCAGGCGGGGGCGCACGUCUACCGCAUCCCCGCGCUGCUGUACCUGCCUCGCCACCGCACCCUGCUGGCCUUCGCGGAGCAGCGCACCAGCAAGAAGGACGAGGACACCAAGCUGUUCGUGCUGCGCCGCGGGGACCUCGACCCCGCCGCACACCGUGUCCAGUGGCAGGCUUCCGAGGUGCUGACCACAGCCCAGCUGCCAGGCCACCGCUCCAUGAACCCCUGUCCCCUGUAUGAUGAGGCUACCAACACCCUCUUCCUCUUCUUCAUCGCCAUCCCAGGACAGGUGUCUGAGCGCCAUCAGCUGGACACCAGGAACAACGUGACUCGGCUGUGCCAGGUGACCAGCCGUGACCAGGGCCGGUCCUGGGGUCCCGCCCUCGACCUCACAAGCACCGCCCUCGGUGCUGCCCAUGCCCAGUGGGCCACCUUUGCCGUGGGCCCUGGUCAUGGCCUACAGCUGCCCGAUAGCCAUGGGAGCCUGGUGCUGCCCGCCUAUGCCUACCGCCUGCAGGACACCCCCCUAAAACCAACACCCCGGGCCUUCUGCCUGCUCAGCCAUGACCAUGGCUCUACCUGGGCACGGGGACACUUCGUGGCCGGGCACACUCUUGAGUGUCAGGUGGCCAGCCUGGAGGGGGGCUUGCUCUACAUCAAUGCCCGCAGCCCCUGGGGUGCCCGCAUCCAGGCCCAGAGCACCAAUGGGGGGCUGGACUUUGGGGGGGUCCAGCAGGUGCCCAGGCUGCCAGAGCCCCUUCUUGGCUGCCAGGGGAGCGUGGUCAGUUUCCCUGGCUUGGGUGCGGGCACCCCGGGCUCCUGGCUACUGUACAGCCACCCCACUGACCCCCAGAAGAGGGCCAACUUGGGCGUGUACCUCAACAAACAGCCCCCUGACACCAAGGCCUGGUUGGAACCCAGACUACUGGCCACAGGCAGCUGCGCCUACUCAGACCUGCAGAGCCUGGGGCCUGGCCCCGAUGGCUCACCCCAGUUUGGGUGUCUGUAUGAGGCCAAGGACUAUGAGGAGAUCGUCUUCAUCCUGUUCACCCUCAGGCAGGCCUUCCCACCGGAAAGUUCACCUCAGUUAGCCCUAAAGCCACCCCUUUUGAUACCUCCUUUUGUUUCUGAGGGCUGACAGACAAGUGAUCUCAGGUGCGAAAAUCCAAUGAACUCAAUUUAUAAGAUGUGUAAUCUCACCAAGGGAGGUGGCUUAGCAGGUAGAGCACAGGACUUUUUGCACAAGUCCCUGGGCUCAAUCUCUUGCACAUACCAAAUAAAUAAAUGAAUCACCUGAGAACGCAACAAGACUAGGAUCAUUCCAGGAAUCCACCAAGCCACAGACAGAGAAGGUGAUUAAGAGAUAGAGACAGGGGGUCGGGCGGUGGUGCAGCGGGUUAAGCGCAUGUGGUGCAAAGCACAGGGACUGGCUUAAGGAUCCCGGUUCAAGCCCCUGGCUCCCCACCUGCAGGGGAGUCACUUCACAGGUGGUGAAGCAGGUCUACAGAUGUCUGUCUUUCUCUCCCUCUCUCUGUCAUCCCCAUUUCUCUCCAUUUCUCUCUGUCCUAUCCAACAACGAACAAAAUCAACAAUGGCAAUAAUAAUAACCACAACGAGGCUACAACAACAAGGGCAACAAAAAGGGGGUGGAAAUGGCCUCCAGGAACAGUGGAUUCAUGGUGCAGGCACCGAGCCCAGCAAUAACCCUGGAAGGAAAAAAAAAAAAGAGAUAGAGAGAAGACACUACACAUUGGCAAGUGGAUCAGUCCCACAAGCAGACAUAACCAUCAUCAGUAUAUAUGUACCCAAAUGGGGUCAGCCAAAUACAAGACACCAGUACUAACUGACUUCAAAGGAGAUACCAAAAUCAACACACAAAAAAACAAAUAAAUGUCUCUGAAAGACAACUGAAGGAUCUGAAGAGGUGGCAUAAGGGUUCUACAAAUGGCUCUCAUGCCUGAGGCUCCAAGGUUCCAGGUUCCAUCUUGGGCACCACCACAUGCCAGAGCUGAGCAGUGCUCUGGAAAAACAAAAGAUAAAUAAUAUAGAAAGUCAGUCCCUCUGUGAGGCAGCUCACCUGGGAAGAUGUCUGCUUUGCCCUUCUUGUGACCCAAAUUCGAGCCCAGCCCCCACUGCACUGGGGGAUGCUUUGGUGCUUUGGUGUUUUCCUCUCUCUUUCUCUUUCCAUCUGAAAACACCAGCUCAGAGCAGUGAAACCCCACUAUAAAAAUAAAAACAUCACAGUGGGAAUUUGCCACCUGACCAAGUACAUGGAACAGCCCUUCAUGAAAAGUUGAUGUUGUACUCAGUUGUGGGUUUGCUGAUGACACUACUGAAUCACUAGAUCACAUUCCUUUUUUUGAACUAUGGAACUGAGUUUUUUUUCUGAGCUGAACUUGUUAAUAGACUUUUUUGGGGGGUGGGGAUAAUUUUAGAUUCACAGAAAACUUGCUGAGAGAGUACGAUGUGUUCCUGUGUGCCCCACACACAGGCUGACCCUGUGUUCCCAUCUUACAUAACCCGUCCAUUUGUCAAACAGAAGAGACUCCUGCUCACACAGAGCUGUUAACUGAGCUCUAGAAACUGUCUGGAUCACACCUGUUUCCCCAUGAAUGCCCCCUUUUCUGUUCUAGGACCUAAUCCAGGAUACGUUCAGUGCAGCUGAAUCAUUACAGUCACUUCUGUACACACACACACACACACACACACACACACACACACACUGAUACACAGCUCCAGCCUACACCCCCUCUGCCAACCCUCCCCCCUAAAAUCACUU